UGCAAAAAUGGCGUUGUGGGUGGACAAAUAUCGACCAAAGGACUUGUUGGGAAAGGAUGGCGUUGAUUAUCACAUCGAGCAGGCCAAUCAUUUGAAGUUUCUCUCCGCAGACUGUAUGCCGCAUCUCUUGUUCUGUGGUCCCAGUGGAGCUGGAAAAAAGACACGGAUCAAGUGUCUGUUGAGAGAGCUUUACGGUGUUGGAGUCGAGAAAACGCAGCUCAUCAUGAAGUCGUUCACUAGUCCGUCGAAUAAAAAACUUGAAAUACAGACUGUCUCGAGCAAUUAUCACAUCGAAAUGACGCCGUCUGAUGUUGGAAUCUAUGAUCGAGUUGUUGUGCAGGAUCUCGUUAAAGAAAUGGCACAAACGUCUCAAAUCGAAUCAACUUCUCAAAGAUCGUUCAAAGUUGUCGUUCUUUGUGAAGCGGACUCACUGACUCGUGAUGCUCAACACGGACUUCGUCGAACUAUGGAGAAGUACGCGAAUAACUGUAAAAUCGUUUUGAGCUGUGAAUCCCUGUCCCGUAUCAUUGAGCCACUUCAAUCUCGUUGCAUCAUCAUCAAUGUGCCAGCUCCAACCGAUGAAGAUGUGACCAAAGUCUUGCGGAAAGUGAUUGAACGGGAGAGCUUUCUACUUCCGGAGAACGUUUUGCAAAAGAUUGUGGAGAAGUCUGAAGGAAAUCUGAGAAGAGCUAUUCUGAUGACUGAGGCUUUAAGAAUGGAGAACGAGAGUGGUGUGGCUGAAAGUGUAGUAAUUCCGGUUCCGGAAUGGGAGAUUUAUAUCCAAGAGACUGCUCGUCUGAUCCUCCAGAAACAGAGCUCCGAUAUGCUUCUGAAAGUUCGCGAACGAUUGUACGAAUUGCUCUCCAGAUGUAUUCCACCAACUGUCAUUUUUAAGAAACUUCUCGAGCAUCUCCUUCCCAAAUGUCCGCCACAAAUUGCACGUGAAGUUGUCAGUGAAGCAGCGAAAUUCGAGCAUCGCCUUGUUCUCGGACAAAAAGCAAUUUUCCAUCUUGAAGGAUUCGUCGCCGCUUUCAUGGACAUUUACCUUACUAAUGCUUCUAAACCCAAGUGAUCUCUGUCCCCGCGUAUUAUAUUAUUCUACUUUUGUGUAAUCAUAAACUUGAAACGAAC